CGGGAGUCCCUGCUGCUGAGGGGCCGCCGCAACCGCCGCGAGCCCCCGGACCGUCUCCAGGCCGAGGAGGGCGCCGCGCGGCGGACUUGGCAAGAUGACCCAGUUCCUGCCACCCAACCUUUUGGCCCUCUUUGCUCCCCGUGACCCUAUCCCAUACCUGCCACCCUUGGAGAAACUGCCACAUGAGAAACACCACAAUCAACCUUACUGUGGCAUUGCGCCCUACAUCCGAGAGUUUGAGGACCCUCGAGAUGCCCCUCCCCCAACUCGAGCAGAAACCCGGGAGGAACGCAUGGAAAGGAAGAGACGGGAAAAAAUUGAGCGGCGACAGCAGGAAGUGGAGACAGAGCUAAAAAUGUGGGACCCUCACAAUGAUCCCAAUGCUCAGGGUGAUGCCUUCAAGACUCUCUUUGUGGCUAGAGUGAACUAUGACACAACAGAAUCCAAGCUCCGGAGAGAGUUUGAGGUGUACGGACCCAUCAAAAGAAUACACAUGGUCUACAGCAAGCGGUCAGGAAAGCCCCGUGGCUAUGCCUUCAUCGAGUACGAACAUGAGCGAGACAUGCACUGCCUCAAGUGUGUGAGCACAGCUGUCUUGUUAAAGCGCACCCGCCACUGGCGGUUGCAGGCCUGCCUUUUGCUCUUUGAUGCGCCUCGUCUCCCUUCCCUGAGUGCCCUGUUUGGACUGACCCUUUCUCCGCCCGCCCCCGCCCCCGCCCCAGGAGGUGGCCUCGGUGGUACCAGAAGAGGCGGGGCCGACGUGAACAUCCGGCAUUCGGGCCGGGAUGAUACUUCCCGCUACGAUGAGAGGGACCGGGACCGGGACCGCGAGCGGGAGCGCAGGGAACGAAGCCGCGAGAGAGACAAGGAGCGAGAACGGCGACGCUCCCGCUCUCGGGACCGGCGGCGGCGCUCACGGAGUCGCGACAAGGAGGAGCGGAGGCGAUCCAGGGAGCGUAGCAAGGACAAGGACCGGGAACGGAAGCGGCGAAGUAGCCGGAGCCGGGAGCGGGCACGACGCGAGCGGGAGCGCAAGGAGGAGCUACGUGGUGGCGGAGGCGGUGGCGACAUGGCGGAGCCCUCUGAGGCUGGUGAUGCGCCGCCUGAUGACGGGCCUCCUGGGGAGCUGGGUCCUGACGGCCCUGACGGUCCAGAGGAGAAGGGCCGGGAUCGAGACCGGGAACGACGUCGGAGCCACCGGAGCGAACGGGAGCGGCGCCGGGACCGCGACCGAGACCGGGAUCGCGAGCACAAGCGGGGGGAGCGGGGUGGUGAACGGGGCAGGGAUGAGGCCCGAGGUGGGGGUGGUGGCGGCCAGGACAACGGGCUGGAGGGUCUGGGCAACGAAAGCCGAGACAUGUACAUGGAGCCUGAAGGAGGUGAUGGGUAUCUUGCUCCAGAGAACGGGUAUUUGAUGGAGGCUGCGCCAGAGUGA